CGUAAGUAGAUGCUUUAUUUUAUUUGUAAACUAAGAUUAAGAUUUUCAGGGAAGGACGGAGUCCUUCCCAAGAAAAUGUGGCAAGGACUUGCAUCCUGGGCUAAUCUCAGGGAAGGACUUUCCGGCUAUUAUAAAUUCUCACCAGUUUUGUUUACCUAAAAUGCACCGCAUCUCCAUUCCUUCUAAUCCUUUACCUCUAUCUAACCUCAUCCUCCUUCCCUGUUAUACUUAGUUUCUCUGCUUUCUUUUCUUUGGCUUCUUCCUUCCCGAUUCUGCUGCAGAUGACUAUCCUCUAUGAGCACCCUCCAGCUUUUGGAGUUGAGCUCGAGGAGAAAAACAUCCCAGUUGAUCAUGAUGGCCAGGAAAAUGAAUUGGUGCUGGAUGGAGGAUUCAUUGUGCCCGACGCCAACUCGUUUGGUCACACUUUUAGGGAUUAUGAUAUAGAAAGUGAACGUCAAAAGGGCGUGGAGGAAUUUUAUCGAACAAAUCACAUUAACCAGACUUACGGCUUUGUAAAAAGGAUGAGAGAGGAGUAUGGGAAAUUGAAUAGGGUGGAAAUGAGCAUAUGGGAAUGCUGUGAACUCCUUAACGAAUUUAUAGAUGAGAGUGAUCCUGAUUUGGAUGAACCUCAAAUUGAACAUUUACUGCAGACUGCUGAAGCCAUCCGAAAAGACUAUCCCGAUGAGGACUGGCUGCACUUGACUGGCCUUAUCCAUGAUCUUGGAAAGGUUCUUCUCCAUCCUGCUUUCGGGGAGCUUCCUCAAUGGGCUGUUGUAGGUGACACAUUUCCUGUAGGAUGUGCCUUCGACGAGUCGAUUGUUCAUCACAAGUACUUCACGGAGAAUCCAGACUGCAACAAUUCUGCUUACAACUCGAAAUAUGGAGUAUAUUCAGAAGGUUGCGGGCUUGACAGAGUGUCGAUGUCAUGGGGCCAUGAUGACUACAUGUAUCUGGUAGCCAAAGAGAACAAGACCACUCUACCAUCUGCAGGUCUUUUCAUUAUAAGAUACCACUCUUUCUAUGCUUUACACAGGGCAGGGGCAUACAGACACUUGAUGAAUGAAGAAGAUGUUGAGAAUCUGAAAUGGCUCAAAAUAUUCAAUAAAUAUGACCUUUACAGUAAAAGCAAGGUGCGGAUUGAUGUUGAGAAAGUGAAGCCAUACUAUCUCUCACUCAUUGAAAAGUACUUUCCUGCAAAGCUAAGGUGGUGAAUCGGUCAGGAGCUGGAUACAAGACAGUGAUCGUCCUGGCAGUGGUUUUGUUUUGUGUUUUUUUUAUCUUCCCUGUUACGGGGCUGGUCUGCGUGGUUGGAGAUUAGGUAGCCGUUCCUUGGCUUUUAGUUCUUUGUAAUAAUCCGAGGCAGGUCAUCCAUAUGUGAUUGGCUUCCUGGAGAAAUGGAACCCUACAGUUUAGUAAUGGUAUCUCCUUCGAGAUUUCAAUCUCGUUUUCUAAAAUAUC